AUGUUUGCACAGUUUCGUACUGAAGGAUUUAACGGUUAUUCGUUAAAAUGGAGCCCCUUUUUUGAAAACAAGCUGGCAGUUGCAACAGCUUCAAACUUUGGACUGGUGGGCAACGGUCGUCUAUUUAUUAUGAAUAUGAUGGGUGAUAAUAUAACAGUAGAAAGAGGAUACGAUACACAGGAUGGAUUAUUUGAUGUAGCAUGGAGCGAGAUAAAUGAGAAUCAAUUGGUUACAUCAAGUGGAGACGGUUCAAUAAAAAUGUGGGAUGCAACACUAUCGGAUUUUCCUAUUCAAAACUGGCAAGAACAUCAGCGAGAGGUGUUUUCAGUCGAUUGGAACUUGGUGACUAAAGAUGUAUUUUCAAGUGGAUCGUGGGACCAUACUGUUAAAAUCUGGAGCCCCCAAGCACCUCGAUCAUUGCAGACAUACACAGAACAUACACACUGCGUCUACGGUACCAGCUGGUCCCCCUAUAACCCUACCAUGCUCGCUUCAGCUUCAGGAGAUCAAACCAUCAAGAUAUGGGACACAAAGUCACCUCGAUCCAUGCAGACGAUUCGCGCUCAUCACAAUGAAAUCCUGAGCUUAGACUGGAACAAGUAUCAGGAACACAUGCUUGCUACAGGUUCAGUAGACAAGACCAUCAAAGUCUGGGAUUUGCGUCGACCUGAUAGAGAAGUGAUCUGCUUGUCUGGACAUGAAUUUGCUGUUCGUCGCGUCAAGUGGUCACCUCAUAGGCCAAAUAUUCUCGGUAGUGCCGCCUAUGACAUGAGCGUACGAUUCUGGGAUACGGCUGCCGUACCUGGGCAGAACUUGAUUCAUGUGCAUGAUGCUCAUACCGAAUUUGUCCUUGGGUUAGAUUUCAAUCUCUAUGUAGAAGGACAAGUGGCUACCUGCGCUUGGGAUGAAAGAAUCAAUGUGUUUAUGCCUCCUCCUCUGCUGAGGCGGUAA